AUGGCGCUGGCGGAAGAAAAAGCUGAGAGCCAGGUCGGGAUUCCGCAGCCAGUAUACGACAUUCCAGAUGGCGGGCUACAAGCCUGGGGGGCUAUACUUGGCGGUUGGCUCAUUUCAUUCUGCACCUUUGGCUAUGCGAGUUCGUUCGGUAUCUACCAGGACUACUAUGUGCUUGCGGGAGCCUCAACAUCGUCCAAUAUCAGCUGGAUUGGUUCUUUGCAACUCUUCUUCCUGUUCUUCCUAGGCUUGCCUGCCGGCAGACUCUUCGACGCAGGCUACUUCCGCGCGCUGACCCUCGGCGGUAGCGUUCUCUACCUGUUCUGUCUAUUUAUGCUCUCCCUCGCGGAUCCCACAAAGUACUACCAGAUCAUCUUGGCGCAAGGGAUUGGGAUGGGUAUUGGUGGCGGGCUCAUGCUUGUACCUGCCCUUUCCUUGCAAGGACACUACUGGAAGAGGCGGCGAGGAAUGGCGUUGGGCCUCGUUCUGACAGGCUCGGGCUGUGGCGGCAUCAUCUAUCCGAUUAUGCUAAACCAUCUAUUCAAUGGCUCGACCGGCUUUCACUGGGGUGUGCGAGCAUCCGCAUUCCUGACACUGGGGCUCCUCGUGCUCGCUCAGUUCGUCAUGCGCACUCGGCUACCCAGCGCAAAGGACCGUCCUCCACAGCCCAAGCCCAACAUCCUUGCUAUUUUCACGGACCCGCCGUUUGCGUUCUCUUUGUUUGGAGGGUUCAUGGUUGUUUGGGGGUUGUUCAUGCCCUACUUCUAUCUCCAGUUGUGGGUCAACUUGCACGGUCUCUCAAGUACACUUGCUUUCUACACGAUCGCCAUCCUGAACGCAGCGUCCAUUUUUGGCCGUAUCAUUCCGAACAUGCUCGCAGAUCGAUUUGGACAAUUUAACGUCGUGGUGCCUGUGUCGGCUAUCACGGGUGCCCUCGUCUUCGUCAUGUUCGCCUCGACGACUACGGGUGCUGUCAUCGUCUUCACCAUCUUGUACGGGUUCUUCUCCGGAUCGUACAUCGCACUGGUGCCUAGCACACUUGCCAUCAUGGCCAAGGAUACUAACGAGAUCGGCGUCCGGAUUGGUCUCGGAUACUUUGCCACAUCGUUCGCGAUGCUGACUGGCACACCGAUAGACGGCGCGCUACUUGGACACGGGCUCAUUCUAAACUGGUCCAAGCCUAUCGUCUUCAGCGGCGUCGUAAUCAUUGCUGGGGCUGGAUUCCUGGCUGUCGGCCGGCAUCUCUUUGUGAGAGUGAAGGGCACACAGUGGACGUAG